CAGUGAUCAACUCAACAUCAUAUUGAUCAGGGAAGAUGGACCAAACAUCUGGAGAACAAGUUGAAGGUGACCUUCAGAAGUUCCGUCAGAAGCUGUCCAAAUAUGAAAUGCAUGAGCUGCGGAUGAUGUAUGAAUAUUUCAGAGAUGAUCUUGUCUACAUUGCCCAGGUCUUGGACACUCAGAGCUUCUUGGCCGAGCUGAAAUCACGAACUGAUUUAAAUGCAGAGCACUACGAGUCGAUGAAAAGAGACCUCGGAGCCUCGGAAUUUUCCGAGCGAUUGGUACAGGAUGUUCUUGAAAAAGGAAGAGAAGCUGUGAUUGGAUUUUUGGAAUGUCUCCAUUCCCUGCAGACCAAUCACCCCAAUCACAAUUUACUAGCGGUUAUUGGUGAAAUCCAGCAGGUCGAAGUUCAGGCAAUGAAGGAUCAAAUAUUACUGGAUGAAUUUGGAUGCUCAUUGUCUCCAGAAAUAAAAGAAAUCCAAGGAACGCACAAGCAAUAUCUGCUGGAGAGGACCCAUUCAUUAGUGGAAUGUAAUCCACCCGGAUCUACCCUGGAGAGUCAAAGUUUUCUCAUUUCAGAACGUUAUGUGAAUCUGGUUGUCGUGUCCACAGAGAAUUUUAGACGUCGUACUCAGCAUGAGCUGAUAGAGAUUGGGGAAAAACAUGAAAGCUACUUGUGUAAGACUCAAAGAGGAUUGGAACGAGUUUCCCCCAAAAGGCUCUUCCGCUGGAGCCAUCAAAUAAAGCGCGUGCCGAAUUUUAUAAUGAUAAGCGGUGUACCAGGAGUAGGGAAGACCACCCUCAUGCAGAAGUUUGUCUGGGAUUGGGUGAACGGAAAGCUCUAUCAGAGAUUUGCUUUUGUUUUCUUCUUCAAAUUCCGGGAGCUCAACCGACUGGGAGAAGUCAGCUUGGAGGAGAUGAUCCUUCAGCAGUAUCCCUAUCUAAGUUCUCAGCUUGAAAAUAUCUUGAAGGUCCCAGAGCAGCUUUUAUUCAUCUUUGAUGGCUUAGAUGAAAGUCGCCACCAAAUGAAUUUUGCAUCCAGUCCUCGGUACACCAACGCAAAGCAGAAACAAGACCUUGGUGUGGUUUUGGUUAACUUGUUGAGGCAAUCUCUUCUCAAGGGUUGUUCUGUGCUAAUGACCAGUAGACCAGCCAAACUGGCCUUCAUUGGUGCUGACAUUUUUCAAUUUGUUUGUGAGAUCAUGGGAUUUUUUCACGAAGAAAGAAAGCUAUACUUCGUCCAGUUUUUUGGAAACAGAGAUCUGUCUGACAAGGCUUUUAAGCAUGUGAAGGACAAUGAAGCACUGUACACUUUCUGUUACAACCCUUCAUUUUGCUGGAUCAUCUGUACGGUGUUGUCGAUGAGCUUCAAAGUCCAACCAGAACAGAACCCAGCGGCAUUCUUGCCCAAAACUGUGACACAGCUCUUUGUAGCAUUUAUCUGCAACAUUCUGUCCAAUCACACCCAGGAGAGAGACUAUGCCAGGAACCCGCUGAUGCCUCUCGGAUGGCUGGCAGAAUAUGGGGUAAUGAACCAGAUCAUUGUGUUCGAGCGACAAGAUUUGGAAUCGUUCAACGUGAAGACGUCUUCACACCUCUACACAAGUUUUAUGGUGGAAUCCACUCAGUCUUCCUAUGUUAAUUUUUCAUUUUUACACCUUACUGUUCAGGAGUUCAUGGCUGCUUUAGUCCAUUACAUUGACUAUGACCCUGAAAAAUUACAAAAAUCCCUUAACAAAGCCAAAUUGUUUGAAGAUGGGCGUGCAGAAAUAUUUCUUCGUUUUCUCUUUGGCCUAUCUGAUGGUUCCACCAGGGCUCUUCUCAAGACCUUCUUGAAUUUUUCCACAGAAGCUUUCAAAAAUGCAAUUACAUGGCUCCAUCAGAAGUCUCCGCUAGUCAAGAAGCUUGCAAAGGAUGCUUGUGAGAGGAGGGAGACUUUAAAUAUUUUCAACUGUCUCUUUGAAUCACGAAACAAAGCACUAGUUUUAGAGAUUCUUGGUCAAAACAUGACAUUUGACUUUUCGAGGUUUAACCUGACCCCCCUUGACUGCACAGUGUUGGCUUUUAUUUUGGUAUCAUGCAAAGAGACUGAAUGCCUUGAUCUAGAGAAAUGUUAUCUUGAAACGGAAUGCUGGGAGAGACUUUCACCGGGUCUUCAUGCUGUCCAGACACUUCGACUAAUGUCCAAUGAAAUGAAGGAUGAAGAUAUCCCUUCCAUAGCUUCUGCAUUAGAACAACCUGACUGCAAGAUUCAGAAUCUGAGUUUGAGCAUUAAUUCGCUGACACACACUGCCUGUAAACACUUGGCAUGUAAAAUGACAAAUAACCAGUCCUUGAAGACACUCAACUUGACCUACAACAAUCUGAAUGGACCUCACUUCCAGGACUUGAUGGUGGCUCUGUCCAGGCCGACAUGCAAAAUAGAAACACUUCUGCUCUAUCACACUCAUCUAACGCACGAAGAUUCCCAGUUCUUGGAGCUACUGAGCAGCAACCCAAGCCUCACCUUACUAAGCAUAAGCUUCAACAACAUCACUGAUGCUGGUUCAAAACACAUCAUCACCCUUAUAGAGAAUUCCUCCAGUCUAAUAGAUGUCAGACUUCGGGCGAAUGGCUUUUCCCAAGAAGUAAGAAAAAGCUUUCAAGGCCUAAAGAACAAAGCAGAUCUGAAUGUUGAAGUAGGAGUGUAAAAAACACACACUUAAAGCGUACAUGGACCUCAGAGGACAGCAGUUUUGAAGAAAAACGUAUUAAUCAUAAGUCCUGUAUUGGUAGUCUGCUAAAAAAGAAGAGUUUUCCCACCAUGGUGCCAGCAUGUGUUUCUAUUUACUAUCAUGGGCGUCCGCUGAACUUUUUUCAGGUGGGGGGGCAUAUAAGACCCCUUUCACACUGAG